CCACCGGAGGACACCGACGCUCGAGUCCAGCUUUCAACGAGAUAGUCAGGAGAGGAGGCAGGAUUCCUCUAAAAAGGCCUGGGCUGUCAGCUCGGUGUCUAUCUCCGAGGAGUAGAGAGAGAGGGAAUAAAAGAUCAUCAGCGCUGGAGCUACCAGCUGCCUUUUUCCUCCAUCGGGGCUGUGCUGAAAGUCGUUCACGAUGCCGGUGUUUCACACCAAGACCAUUGAGAGCAUCCUGGAGCCGGUGGCCCAGCAGAUCUCCCACCUGGUCAUCAUGCAUGAGGAGGGGGAGGUGGACGGGAAAGCCAUCCCGGACUUGUCGGUGCCGGUGGCCGCUGUGCAAGCGGCUGUCAGCAACCUUGUGCGGGUGGGGAAGGAAACAGUUCAAACCACAGAGGACCAGGUGAUGAAGAGAGACAUGCCUCCUGCUUUUAUUAAGGUGGAGAACUCAUGCUCGAAGCUCGUCCAGGCAGCUCAGAUGCUUAAGGCAGAUCCAUACUCGGUUCCUGCCAGGGAUUACCUGAUCGAUGGAUCUAGAGGGAUACUGUCUGGAACGUCCGACCUGCUACUUACCUUUGAUGAAGCAGAGGUGCGUAAGAUCAUCCGUGUGUGUAAAGGCAUCCUGGAGUAUCUGACCGUAGCUGAGGUGGUGGAGACCAUGGAGGACCUCAUCACCUACACAAAAAACCUCGGACCAGGUAUGACCAAGAUGUCAAAGAUGAUUGAGGAGCGGCAGCAGGAGCUGACCCACCAAGAACACAGACAGAUGCUUGUCAGAUCCAUGAACACCAUCAAGGAGCUGCUGCCCGUUCUCAUCUCAGCAAUAAAGAUUUUUGUCGCAACCAAGAGCAGCCGAGGAGCGGGCAUUGAGGAAGCCGAGAAGAACAGAAGGUUUACCUUUGAAAAGAUGAGCACUGAAAUCAACGAGAUCAUCAGAGUCUUACAGCUCACAACGUGGGACGAAGACGCCUGGGCGAACAAGAAGGACAUGGAAUCCUUGAAGAGAUCUCUGGCUUUGAUCGAAUCAAAGAUGGCGCAGGCCAAAAGCUGGCUCAAAGACCCGCAGGGACAGCCAGGAGACCCUGGUGAGGUGGCUCUGCGUGUCAUUUUGGAUGAAGCUGGUAAGGUAGGAGAGCUUUGUGCUGGGAAGGAGAGGAAAGACAUACUGGCGACCACAAAGGCUCUGGGGCAGAUGACUGAUCAGAUUGGAGAUCUGCGUGUCAGAGGCCAGGGACAGACUCCAGGGUGCAUGCAGCGUGCAGGCCAAUGCUUACAGGGCUUAGAUCUGCUCUUUGGCAAAGUGGACAGUUCUGCUCGCAAACUGGAGGCUCUAAUCAAUGCCAAGCAGGCCAUCGCCAGGAGGCUGGAUGCUGCACAGGCAUGGUUGGCUGAUCCUAAUGGUGGUCCGGAGGGAGAGGAGAACAUCCGAGCGCUUCUAGCAGAGGCCAAGCGCAUCGCAGAUCUCUGUGAAGACCCUAAGGAGAGGGAUGACAUCCUGCGCUCCAUAAACGAGAUAGCAGGACUCACAGCCCGACUCGUAGAGCUGCGGAAACAGGGUAAAGGCGACAGCCCGGAGGCUCGAGCUCUGGCCAAGCACAUUGGAGCGGCGCUGCUAACACUGCAGUCCAAAACCAACCGGGCCGUGGCCAACAUGAGACCAGCCAAGCCUGCCAUUACGCUGGAGGGUAAAAUGGAGCAGGCUCUGCGGUGGGUGAACAAUCUUGGGAUGGAUGACCGAGGUGUAGAGUGUGAGAGGCUAGAGUGGAACACAGGUCAGGCAGCAAUCAGAGGGAUGGUUGGAGAAGGGAAGAGACUGGCGGGAGGCCUGUUAGGUCCAUACCGACAGGACAUGGUCGGGCGCUGCGACCGAACGGAGGCGUUGAUGACAGCUUUGGCAGACAUGGCAAGCAGGGGAGAGGCUGAGGCUCCUCAUGCACGAGCCACAGCAGCACAACUACAAGACACGCUCAAGGAACUGAGACAGCAUAUGCAGGAGGUGAUGACCCAGGAGGUAUCUGAUGUUUUCAGCGACACCACCACACCCAUCAAGCUGCUGGCGGUGGCUGCAACAGCUCCUCCUGAUGCACCCAACAGGCAGGAGGUCUUUGAAGAGCGAGCGGGAAACUUUGAAACCCACGCGGGACGAUUGGGAGCAACCGCAGAGAAAGCAGCAGCUGUGGGAACAGCGAAUAAGACUACAGUAGAGGGUAUUCAUGCUGCUGUGAAACACGCCAGGGAGCUCACACCACAGGUGACGUCUGCUGCUCGGAUCUUGCUGAAGAAUCCAGGAAACAAAGCAGCUUAUGAGCACUUUGACACCAUGAAGAACCAGUGGAUUGACAAUGUGGAGAGACUGACUGGUCUGGUUGAUGAAGCCAUAGACACCAAAUCCCUGUUGGAUGCUUCUGAAGAGGCCAUAAAAAAAGACAUUGACAAGUGCCGAGUUGCUAUGGCAAAUGUGCAGCCCCAAAUGCUUGUUGCCGGGGCAACGAGCAUCGCGCGACGAGCCAACCGGGUUUUGUUGGUGGCCAAGAGGGAAGUGGAGAACUCUGAAGAUCCACGGUUCAGAGAUAUCGUAAAACAUGCCUCAGACAUCCUAUCGCACACCAUCUCGCCCAUGGUGAUGGAUGCCAAGGCUGUGGCUGGGAACAUGCAAGACAAAGCUCUACAGAAAGCAUAUUUGGACUCUUGUCUAAGGAUUCUGGCUGCAGUGGGAAAAGUCAGAGAAGCCUUCCAGCCUCAGGAACCAGACUUCCCACCUCCUCCUCCUGACCUUGAUCAGCUCCAUGUUAGUGAUGAACAGGCACCACCUAAACCCCCGCUGCCAGAGGCUGAGGUGCCUCCCCCGCGCCCUCCUCCCCCAGAGGAGAAGGAUGAGGAGUUCCCAGAGCAGAAGGCCGGCGAGGUGCUCAGUGAGCCCAUGAUGGUGGCAGCCAGGCAGCUGCACGAUGAGGCGCGCAAGUGGUCGAGCAAACCUGAGGAUGAGGAGGCAGUAGAGGAGAGGGAGGUAGAUGAUGAAGAUGAGUUUACUGAUGGUGAGGAUGACUAUGAGCCAGAGCUGCUGAUGAUGCCAUCCAACCAGCCUGUCAAUCAGCCCAUUCUGGCAGCUGCCCAAUCUCUCCACCAGGAGGCUCGCAAGUGGUCCAGCAAGGGUAACGACAUCAUAGCAGCAGCCAAGCGAAUGGCUCUGCUGAUGGCGGAAAUGUCUAGGCUCGUGCGUGGUGGCAGCGGAAACAAGCGAGCACUCAUUCAGUGCGCCAAAGACAUCGCCAAGGCCUCAGAUGAGGUGACGAGACUGGCCAAAGAAGUGGCCAAGCAGUGCACCGACAGGCGCAUCCGGACUAACCUGCUGCAGGUUUGUGAACGAAUUCCCACCAUCAGCACUCAGCUGAAGAUCCUUUCUACUGUCAAAGCCACCAUGCUGGGGCGAACAAACAUUAGUGAAGAGGAGUCAGAGCAGGCUACAGAGAUGUUGGUCCAUAACGCCCAGAAUUUGAUGCAGUCUGUGAAAGAGACGGUGAGAGAAGCAGAAGCUGCAUCCAUCAAGAUCCGCACGGAUGCGGGAUUCACCCUCCGCUGGGUGCGCAAGACCCCCUGGUACCAGUGAACUUACCUGCUCUCACUGAGUAAAAGUAGCAACGUGUGCAAGAGUGCAUCACGAGGACGCUGCAGGAUUUCGAGCCAUUCUCCACUGUAGUUUUAGGUGGGAAUCUCUGAUUUGUUACCAUGCAGGUUUCAUUUAUGGACGUGAAUUUAGCUUGGUUCUCUUUUAUCCGCAACUAUGGAAACACACAAGUCUAUCAGGAGACUUUUUAAUAUAUAUUUUUGGUAUUUUGGGUUAUGAGACUUUAUCCAAAUCCUGGUUAUAUAUUUUUUGCAUGAGUCAAUUUCUAUUUUCUAAAGGCAAUUUCUGACAUGGAGACUCCUAACAUUUAGAGGACGUGUGAAAAAUGCAGUUUUUUUUCAGUCAUGGUUUCGUAAUGGAUGUUGUAUAUACAAUAAUUACCUGUUUCAUAGAUGAUACUCAGCUUUAAUCACCAUGUUUGCCACUAGUCUUGGCUGAGCUUCAUGUUUGCUUUCAAUCAUCUGAAAAUCUACGAAAUCAACAGAGGUGCAUCAUUACUGUUGUCACUGAUGAAGUUUACACUUUAGUAACUUAAAGAUCUUGUGGAUUUAAAAAUAAAAGUGUAAAUUAAAGUUAGUAAUAGCUCAAAAGAUGAGGACUGAUUUGUGUGACAGUGAAGUUUAGCUAAUUAAUGUGUUUACUUUUACUGAACUUUUACAUCGAAUGAUGCCAAAGGAUCUGUUUUACAUCUGUUUUACAUUACUUUGUUUAACACUCAAAAUCCAGGUUAUUUUAAAAAAAGAAUGCAGAUCAGUCUCGUUAGAGAUGCUCUUGUAAUGCUUGAUGUCUGUUACUUUCUAGCAAAAGCAACAAGGUUUGUGAAUGUUUUCUCUGCUUUGCGAUUUUUGUGGUUGCAGUCUGUAACAGUUGAACUGUUGGGGAUUUACAGAUUUAUAACAAACUUAGUUUUAUACCGUCCUCCUCAGCCAUCCCAGUCCAAAUUCUCUGAUGCAACUCUUUAUUUCCUCUUUUUUUAAUGACCCAGGUGGUUUCAGAAGUAUCCAGAGCAACAAACUAUAUUUUUGAAGAUUUAGACAUAAAUACAAGAAAUUGUUAGCAGUGUUGGUUAUAAAUUAAAAGAAGGUGAAAAGAAACUGAUGUCGCAUACAGAUCCAGUCAGAAGUUUACUUGCACUCAUCAACAUGAAUGUCAUUCAUGGGCUUUAGAUUAUUUAUUUGAUCCCUUCUUUUUGUUCUCAGAAUAACAAAACAACUUUAAUGGCUUUUAAAAUAAAAAUUAAUUGCACAAGUUUAAGUGUAUAUUGCAUUGUCAUCUUUUUAAAAUACUCCUUUUAAAUGACUCCUCUAAACAUUCUUCUUGUGUUAAAACAGUUCAGUCUUUAUCUUAUCUGAUCACACAUUUUGUUUUCCCAGAAUGCAUGUGGUUUGAAGGUGUAUAUUUUAGAGCAGGGGGUUGUUUCUUGGUCGGCAACCUCACAGUCCAUGUUGAGGUAAACCUACCCUGGCUUUACAGGGGUUUUUAUGGCAGGCCUAAAGGUUGCCUGGGUUGUUUUUAAAGAGUAUCUGAGUGCUUUAAAUGAAUCAUUAAAAAGACAAAUGAAUGGCAUUCAUGCCCAGGAUGAGUGUAUGGAAAAUUUCUGACCAGAACUGUACUUACUACAGCAGUAAAUGCAUAUUUUCAUUCCUUUAUCAGAUUUUUUAAAAGUGGCUGGGUAAAUGUUGCAUUGAGACCCUGUGUGUAUCUGUGUGUAGUCUUAUUUUAACAUUAUUAGAGAGCAGUCCCUGGAAUGAUUAGGGAUGAAGCUCUGAUUUUGCAGACUGUUACCUGUUUUUCUCUUUUUUGGAGGGGUGGGGAGGGGCAUACUGAACAUGGAGUGGUCACAGGCUCAUCUCAGAGAGCCACAGGGUGUGGAGCUGUAUGUUAUAGGUGUCAAUCCACACGCUGAAUGUAUGCAGAUAGCCUCUAGCCCUGCCAACAUCUGCUGUGCCUUGAAAGAAUAAAGACUAUAAUGAAAACAAGA